AUGGCUUCGUCGGCGGAUUCUUCGCUUUUCGACAAGCGGAAGGACGAGGAUAAAGAUCAAAUCGACCUCGACCAAACAAAUAAUCGAUUGGAGAAAAAAGUCGAACGGGGCGACGAUGCCCAAGCCGAAAACGCCUCCGAAUCGGACGAGACCAGCCGGGAAUAUACACCGAAGAUUGAGAAGGCUGGAAAGCGUGAACUCACCGAAGAUGAUUGCUACGAGUCUUUGGGGUUCUGUUUCCCCACCUGGAAGAAAUGGAUGAUCCUCACGGUGAUUUUCGUGGUACAAAUGUCCAUGAACUUCAACUCGGGCGUCUACUCCAGUGCGGUGACAGGCCUGACCGAGGAAUUUGGAAUCAGUGAGCAAGCUGCGCGGGUCGGCCAGGCCGUUUUCCUCGUGGCGUAUGCUUUUGGCUGUGAGCUCUGGGCUCCCUGGUCCGAGGAAUUCGGUCGCUGGCCCAUCAUGCAGCUCUCACUGCUCUUCGUCAACAUCUGGCAAAUCCCCUGUGCGCUCGCGCCAAACUUCGGCACCAUCGUCGUGUGUCGUGUUCUGGGCGGUCUCAGUUCGGCCGGUGGCUCCGUCACCUUGGGUAUGACUGCUGAUAUGUGGGAAGCUGAUGACCAGGGCUUUGCCGUCGCCUACGUAGUGCUUUCGUCCGUGGGGGGCUCGACCAUCGGUCCCUUUUUCGGCGGGAUCAUCGGUCAAUACCUCUCGUGGCCGUGGGUCUUCUGGGUGCAGUUAAUCUUCGGCGGUGUCACACAGGCUUUACAUUUUUUCCUUGUUCCCGAAACACGGUCGACGAUCAUGGUGGACAAGGAAGCGAAACGGCGGCGCAAGAGCGGCGAGGAAGAAGUCUACGGACCCAAUGAGCUGAAAUCGCCUCGUUUGGACAAGAAGGAGAUUCUGAAGAUCUGGAUCCGCCCCUUUGAAAUGUUCCUGCGGGAACCUAUCGUGCUCUUCCUUUCCCUUCUAUCCGGCUUCUCAGAUGCCCUGAUCUUCGUCUUCACCGAGUCCUUUACCCUGGUCUUCGAUCAGUGGAACAUGAGCACCCUCGCCAUCGGCAUGACCUUCGGCUCUAUCUUACUCGGAUACAUCAUUGCGUACGUGAUGUUCUUACCAGACGUAUACCGGCAGAUCCAGACACGCCGCAAGCACGGCGCUGCAUCUCGCUAUGCCGAGCGUAGACUUUUACUCCUCCUCUUCAUUGCUCCCCUCGAGCCAAUCGGUCUUCUCGGCUUCGCCUGGACAUCAAUGGGACCACCGAUUCCCUGGAUCGCACCCUUGAUUUUCGCCUGCCUAAUCGCAAUGGCUAACUAUGCCAUCUACAUGGCCACGAUUGAUUACAUGAUCGCAGCUUACGGCCCCUAUUCUGCCUCGGCUACUGGUGGUAAUGGCUUUUCAAGAGACUUCCUCGCUGGCAUUGCUACCAUGUACGCAACGCCUAUGUAUGAGCAUAUGGGAGGGAAGUACCAUCUCCAGUGGGCGAGCACGUUCCUUGGGUGCUUUGGUUUCUUGGUUCUGAUCCCUAUAUACGUCUUCUAUUGGAAGGGCCCGGAGAUUCGGAAAAGGAGUAAGUUCGCUCAGGAGCUGGCUGCUGAUCGGGAGAAGCAUGCGGAACGCCGCUAUAGUCGUGCUACCCCUGGAGCUACUCCUGCUGCAACUCCUGCCGCGCAUGCACAACAUGAGGCUGCGGAACAUGAAGCUGCUCAGGAGUAUUUCCCUUGA